UCGCGGGUCGUGUUGAUUUUUCCUCCAAAAAUUUUCAAGUCAUUUCAAUAUCUCAAUAUAAAUUUUUGCGUCGUAUCAAUUCAAUUGCGUUCUGCUUCAAUUGUACAAUAAUGCCAAUCUGAUUACUGCCGUCUGAGUUCGGUUUCAUAAUUUACAAUUUGGAAAAAUGACUGUUUUUUCCGUAGAGAUAGAACUAGAUAUCAUCCAGAAUGGUGCUUUCGACACCAUGAACGAAUAUAGAAAAAAGAAUCUGUUUUGCGAUGUAUCUCUCGACACGAACGGUACUCUGUUUCCUUGUCAUCGUCUCAUUUUGACAGCUUCGUCUACUUACUUUCAAGUAAUGUUCAAUGGAAAUUUCAAAGAGAGCAGCUUGAAAGUCAUUCCCAUUCAGGGCAUCGAUGCCGAAAUAAUGGAAAUUUUGCUAUCCGCUAUGUAUACCACGCGAAUUCGCUUGCUUUCAGAAAACGUGUAUUUCAUAUUGAAAGCGAGUCAUUUGCUCCAAAUUGAUGUGAUUUUCAACGCAUGUGUAGACUGUAUCACGAAGAACGUCGGUCAUGUUCAUUACUUACCUGAUACGUGUUCAUUUGCGAAAACUAUUGGAGCUGAAGAAUUAUAUGUUAAAUGUAUGACGAGGUUAGCACUGGACGUGUUUCACUGGGAAAAAACAUACGCCUUUUUGGAUCUGCCCUACGAUAUUUUGAAAGAAGUAUUAUCAACGGUGGUAGUCAUUAAUGGCGGUCGGGAUGAUAAUCUACUCGCUGUAAUCAUAAAAUGGUGUAAAUAUAAUCACACUAGUGCCAAGGAUAUUAGGGUACUUAUGCAGAUUUGUAAUUUUAAGACAAAUCUCACAUCUGCAUUGGCUGAAUUGGUGGUCGAUGCGAGAAGUGAAGAUAACAGUGAAAGUGCGGAAGAUGAAAAUCAAUCUGAUAAUAAUUGUAAUUUGAACUUGAAUCUUUACUUGGAAACUGUUGACGUGAAAAGUGGAGCUAAAGGAUGGGGAACACUAAAGCUAAAUGAGUCAUUCAGCAAUUACACACUAUCAAACUAUCAAGCCAUGGAUUAUUGUUUACCGCAAAUUUGUUCACUAGGACUGAAGACUUACUGUUUAGCACAAGAUUUUGCAACUGAAAGUAUAAAUAGAAAAUGCGUUCUUUCUUGUUUUGAAGACGGUAGUAGAAUAGGUGAUUUGCAAGUGCCAAAUGAACUUUCUGUUUAUGAUUGUUACGAAAUGAUAGGGGUCGGAAAAGUGAUUUACUUUUUCCAACGUUGUUACGAUUCUAAGAUUUGGGUUUACGAUUGUGAACUAGACACGUGGCAAAAAGUAUCUUCACUUGAUAAUUCAUCGAAAUCAGUUCUGCAUGAUUAUUCAGGUUGGUAUGAUGUUGCAUUUUUAAAUAAUGUCAUUCAUAUUGUUGGAUGUAAAAAAAGCGAUUCCGAGUCUGAUGAUAGAUACAUUUUAUCAAUCGAUACUCGCGCUCCUCAGAUUACAAAUUUAAUCGCAUUCCCUAGCACUUCUCAACUCAUAAAUGCGACCGUGUGUGCAUUCGAUGGGAAAAUAGCGAUCUUAGGCAACAAUCGCGAUAGUAUUUUGCAUAGAACUUUACAUAGUACUUUUAGUAUUUUCGAUGUGACGGCAACAAAAUGGAGAACUGAUCUGGAGCCCAUGAACGAAGCCAGAGCAAAGCAUAAACUAAUUCAUCGUGAUGGGUUCAUUUAUGCUGUUGGAAAAAGACCAGUCAUUAACAAUGAGAAAUAUGAUGUCAAGUUGAAUACGUGGAUCGAGAUCCCAAAGUUGCCGGAACGAGCUCAGUUCGUUAAAGCUGAUGGCGUUAAUAUGACCUUAGGUUUUGGUGAUUUAAUUAAUGCUGAUUGAACUCAUUUCGCUGUAGGAUUAGUAUCCUAGACUGAGACUAAGAUAUAUAUUAUUAAGUACCUGUAUAAAUGUUGCGAUUGCGAUUAGUAGUUGUUUUUCCUUUUUCUACUUUUGUGGGUAUAGGUACUUACUCAAUUUGUUAUUUUUAUGAUUGAGAAAGUAUACUUUUGUGUUUAUGUGUUAUUUUUACCACAUAGAUUUAUUCUUAAUAUCGUUCUGUUCUAUUUUAAAUAAAAAUACAAAAUUAAAAAAUAAAAUAAAAUUGUUCAAUAUUGUUUUCAUAAUGC